AUGGUCAAGAAACGUGGAACUGAAUCCGGUCGAAGAUUCGUCUACACGUCCUUCAAGGACCGUAUCGAUGCGAUCCAGAUCGAUCCGGUGCACAAACUCGAUAAAAAGGCCUUCCAUGAAGCCGAAGUCUCGCAUUUCUUAUCUACCUUAGACCACUGGAGAGAAAUCAACCUCUCGAAGUCGUUCACAGAACUUGUGGAAGUUCUGGACCCGCUGUGUUUGAGUCUUCCACAGCUACUGUACCACCAGAGUCAGAUCUUCCAGCACGUCAAUGAUGCAUUGACUCUGGGUGAUAAACUCUCGUUGCAACCGGUUCUCGAGCUCUUGACCCAGUUCUGCCAUGAUCUCGGCUCAGACUUUUUGCCAUACUACUCCAAGACACUUGAAACACUCGUUCAAGUGGCAACCACCCAGUCAGAUGCAGAUUCCCUCGAGUGGAUGUUCAAUGCUUUGGCCUAUCUCUUCAAAUACCUAUCCAAGGAACUGUCUAAAGACCUGGUGCCGACUUUCAAGCUGCUCGAGCCCCUGAUGAACUCCAGCAAGAAGACGUAUUUGGCUCGGUUUGCCUCCCAGGCAAUGUCGUUCCUGGUCAGAAAGGCCAGCUCCAAAUCAUUGCUAGCAUUUGUUGAGGUUGCAAUGAACCAGGAUCUUGACGUUGACACUUACUUCAAGUCUGUCGUGGUGAUAUUUGCCGAGGCAAUGAAAAACGCUGGCGAGUCGCUUCAUUCCAAGAGCCCGAUCAUGCUCGACGUGCUCACACAUGUGUGUCAGCAGUCGGAAUCCAAGACCGCCGUACUGUCUGACAUUUUGAUGGAAGUUCUCGAACACGUCUCUGACGGCGAGCUCGUGUACAGUUCCGUGCUGGAGAAGCUUGACUUCCAGUCUGCUGGAAGUGUGUGGGUUUUGACGACACUGGCUUUCGCUGAAAGCGGUAAGAAAGUGCCCAACUGGUCUGUCAUAUUCGACGGUGUUUCGCAACUGCCCCAAGACUCCGACCUGGUUCUUCUAUACGCCACUUUAAUGAGAAACUCCGACCAGCAGGAGCUGUCCAAAAGACACGUUGCUUUGUUCACCACCAUGAUGUCAAAACAGAACCAGUUCUUGCCCUUCAUCGACGCUGCUUUGGAAAUUGCUCCAGAAAGAACUCUGGGGUACGGAAAAAAAUACAUCACCAGUUUCAUCACCAAGAACUGGGAGCAAAAACACAAGGAAAUAGCAUACUUUCUCGAUAGAAUGAACUCCAAGAACGUGCAGCUGGAUGUGGUGAUACUGCGCGAGUUCAACGAGUACAUCCAGUCGAGUGUGGACGAGGGUCUUUAUUGGAGACUGCUACUGCUCCAGUACACCAAGGCCACCAUUGACCAAGAACAGCUGAUUUCCAAGCUACCACAGCUCUCUGCCAGCGAACAGGGCCUCAUUCUUAAGGUAGUGUCAAAGGUGGAGUUGUCUAGCGAUGACUACCAGACCAUAAUCGACCAGAUUGCAACCUCUGCUACCAACCUGACAUUCUUGGAAGGUGUCUAUGAAAUUGUCAUGAAGAACCCACUUCCGUUUAGAAAUGACCAGGAACAGCUGCUGGAUCUGUUGUCAGCCAACCUUGUUCUUCCAUCCCACUCCGUUCGCGAAAUCACACUUAAUAUUAUGAUGCUUCUUUUCGAGGAACCACCAGAGCCAUUGGGAGUUUGUCGCUUGAUCGAGCAGAUUCCACUGGAUUUGCAAACUGGAAGAGAAAUUCAACUGCGGUACAGAGCUCUCGUGCAGACGUUCAUGGACUCACCAAAGAACGAUCUUAUGGACUCUAUUGUGGCCAAGUUUAGUGUUGGCCAAAUGUCCAACAAGUUCUCUCCAUCUUGGAACGGAGUGCUCGAGUUCUUGGAAGGUGUGUUCAAACGGAUCGAAAAACCUCUUUGGGAACAGAUCGAGCCAUUCUUGACGCGCGAGUACGAGUCCAAGACGUUGGACAGCGACGAAGAGAUGCUUGAUACUGUUUGGAAUGGACUCAACCCAAAAUUGGUUGGCUACGUGGAGAAAGUCGGAGCAGUGACACAGAAAUACGAAUCUGUCGACAAGAACUUUUCCAGCAACGAAGAGAGUGUUGAGUUUACGGAGUUCUACAGAGAACAGUGUUUACGCAUUUUGCAACGGCUACCGAAAUUGGCAGAGACUCAUUUCAACGUGCUGCUACCAUUUGUGGUUGAAGACGACGAGGACACCGUGAAAUGGUCCGUCAAGGACAGAAAUAGCGUGGUGGAGAUCAUGGCGAAGUUCCAGAACCUGCGCAGGGUCCCAGGAGCAGACACCGUGCAUACCUUCUUGUUGCGGUUGUUGGCUAAUAGAAGCGUCCAGACACAGAAACUCGCGUUUGGAGCUCUGUCUAACUGGAAAAACCCGGCAUACAACAGAUACAGAGACAACCUUAACGGGUUGUUGGACGAUAUGCUUUUCAGAGACGAGGUUAUCAACCUGCUACAAAAUAACGAAAAGAAUAUUAUUCAGCCAGCUGACGAGGAGAUUGUGAUGCCGUUGAUCUUGAGAAUUCUGUUUGGUCGUGCUCAGACGUUGAAGACCAGCGGAACAAAACAGGGAAGAAAGAUGGCUGCCGUGAAGGCCAUCUCGAACCUCAGCGAGAAACAUCUCCAGGACUUUUUGGCUCUUUCUUUUGAGAAAUUGAACGAAAUGAGAGACCAGAACGUCAACUUCAGAUUGAUUCGCACAGCCAGCGGAUUCCUGAACAUGGUUUCGGACUUGCUACCGUCGAUUGGACGAACCAGAGGAGAAUGUCUUGCUAUUCUUCUGGAUCCUCUAAUUUAUUCUCUUAGUGUUUCUGAGAAAGCUAUUGGAUCUGAUGACGAGAUUCUCGACAAAGCCGCUAGGAACAACAGACAGCUUGGGUUCCGUGUCCUGUUUGAGGUCGCCGACUAUCUAGGCGAAACGUUUGACUGGCAACCGUACGGCGACGUGAUCUACACGAACCUGGUGCAGCACAAGAUGGCCAACUUCGCCGAGGAGAACUUGCAACAGCCUUCGUCUCUUAUGAGACUGAUGACGUCGCUAUGGCCGGCUCCCAACAUGCAAUUUUUCUUGAACUACGACGAAUUUGCUCCCGUGAAGGCCUUGAUGGGUGUCCUGAAGCACGAAAAGGCCAAGGAGUCUGUGCAGGUGGUGAUUUUGCAAUUUGUGAACAAACUGCUCAACAGCACGUCCAGCGACGAGAAACACAUCGAUAUGAUGCUUUUGAUCAUCUCAGAGUAUCUGAAUGCACUGGUGCAGCUAUUCGAGCUAUCUGAUAGCAGAGAGGUGAACUCGCUGUGUGUCAAGAUCCUGCACACUCUGGUCGAGAGAGACCUUAUUACUGGAAGCGAUAGCAGCAAAUACCUGGUGGACUCUUUGGUGCUGGUUCUGGACAAACCGGCCUCCCAGAUCGACAUGAGUACGAGAACAGAUAUCGUUUCCGUGUUGGCUAUGGUUACCAACCAUAUCGACUGCACAUUGAUGGAGAUCAUGCCCUUGUACAAGAGUAUGGCUCCGCUUUUGAAAGUUUACGACGAACGUGAAAUGAGAGUGGCCAUUUGCAAGGUUUAUCUGACAUUGGGCAAGAAAUAUGCCGAGUUUGAGCGUGUUUCCGAGAUCAUUGAUGCUUUGAACGCAUACUCGCCAAAGAGAAUCCGCGAACCAGAUUACGAGCGUCGUCUUGAAACGUACAGAAAUAUCGACAAGGUAUUGUAUGAUAGUCUUUCAGGAUCAGAGUGGCUUCCGGUGAUCUACACGGCACUAUAUCACGUGAAUGACGAGGCUGACCAGGCAAUGAGAUCCUCUGCUGGCAACACAUUGAUCAGGUUCGUGGACGUUUCCGAGAACUUCCAGGAUAUCUUGCACGAGAUUGUGCUUCCAGUUAUCCGUCCAGGUUUGAGACGCAAGAACGAGCUUGUUCGGCUGGAGUACAUCAAUGUUGUCGCCCGUGUGGUGGAGAUUGGAUCAGACUUGGCAGACAUGAAGGUGCUGCUCCACGGCGGAGAUGAGGAAGCCAAUUUCUUCAAGAAUGUUAUGCAUCCACAGGUCCACAGAAGACAGAGGGCUAUCAGAAGAUUGGGCGAUUUGGCUUCGGAAUUUACUGAACAGUCCAUCUCGCACUAUCUGUUGCCGAUGAUCGAGAAGUUCGUUUACUGGGAAGACGACAAGUACAGAAACUUGGCCAACGAUACGGUUGCAACCGUUUCGAAACUGGCUGCUUUUGUCAGCUGGAACCAGUACCGUGCUAUUCUCAGCAGAUACGUCAGUACCAUGGCAACAGCGUUGCAAAAGGAGAAGCAUGACGAGCUAAGAGACUCGAUCUUGCUGGUGACCAGUGUGGCCAGUGCUCUGAAAGACCUGCAAAAACGGCAACCUAGAGAUCUGCCGUCUGGCGAGAAACUGGAUGGAAUCAUUGUCGAUACGCUGAUUCCGCAGAUCAAGAAGGUGUUGACGAAACGUGACGAGCAGACGGUGGUUCAUCGUGUUGUUCUAUCAGAGGCGCUUGCUUCUCUGAUUAUCUGCUGUUCCGAGGAAAAGAUGCAGAGCGAGCUGCCGGGAAUUUUGACGAGUAUUUGUCAAAUUCUAAGAGCCAGAUCCGAGGAGCUCAGAGACGCCGUCAGAAAGCAUCUGGGAAGAAUUGCCGUUGCUCUGGGGUCGUCGUACUUGAAGUUUAUCAUGCAGGAGCUCAAAACCGCGCUCAACAGAGGUCCUCAGAUCCAUAUCUUGAGUUACACUUUCCACUACCUGUUAAUUGUUCUUGACAACGUGCUGACCCAGGGAGACCUGGACGAGUGCACAGGGUACGUGAUUGAAGCGGUGAUGAACGAUAUUUUUGGCACGGCGAGCGAGGAGAAAGAGGCCGAGGGAUACAACAAGAAGAUGAAGGAGAUCAAGCACAACAAGAGUUACGACACCGCUGAAUUACUCGCCAGUAAGAUGCUUUUGCAGAACUUUUCGCAGAUUCUGAACCCAAUCAGACUUCUUUUGCGCGAAAAGCUGGCGUUCAAGGUCCAGAAACGUUUGGACGAGCUUCUGAGACGGGUUUCCAUUGGGUUGCAGAAAAAUGCCGAAGCCAGCUCCACUAAUUCCAUCUUGCUCUGCCACGAGAUUUACAAUCAGUCGUUGGUGCAAGAGGAGGAAAAAGUUAGACGCGAGACCGAGUCCGAAGACCAUUUCCUGGUGAAACUGGACUCGAAGCCGCAAAAAACCCAGAUGGAGUACACUUUGUACUCCAAAGUUCUGCAAAAAUUUGCGUUCGACCUGCUUUUGGCUGUUGUUUCGAAAAACCAGCAGCUUUUCACUCCAGGUAAUCUUGAAGAGUUUGUUCCGUUGUUGGAAACCGGCUUAUCGUCUGGAGACGAAGGUGUUGUGAUCUCGUCGCUAAAAAUGCUUACACUGCUGUCUCGUCUUGAAUUCUCAGAAACAGUUAAUGGCCAGUUUACUGCGUGCGCCAGAGCAACACUGAAGAUCAUCAAGGACAUCCCAAGCACCAACAAUGAGUUGUGUCAGAACUCGCUCAAGUUCCUCAGCUCUGUGAUCAGAAACAGGGACGGUUUGCUGCUUAAGGACACUGCGGUCAGCUACAUUUUGAAAAAGAUCGAGCCUGAUUUGGACGAACCAAUGAGACAGGGAGUCGCUUUCGGGUUCGUCAAGGCAUUGAUAGCCAAACAUGUCAUGCUGCCUGAAAUAUACGAUGUUUUGGAAACGGUUUCGCGGAUCAUGGUCACCAGUACUUCUGCAGAGAUUAGACAAACUGCCAGAAGCGUUUUUUACACGUUCUUGAUGGAAUACGACCAGAGUCGCGGUAGGCUGGAGAAACAGUUCAAAAUGCUGCUUGGAAACCUGGAAUAUCCUGCUCAAAGCGGUCGUCAGAGUGUGAUGGAGCUGAUUCAUCUGAUUGUCAAAAAAGCCGGAAAAGAGCUGCUGUCGCUGGUGGCCUCGUCGUUCUUUAUUGCUCUGGCCAACGUCUCGGUGACGGACGAGUCUCCGUCGUGCCGUGAGAUGGCUUCCGAGGUUCUUUCGCAGAUCCUCGGCCGCGUGGACGACUUGGCAUUCAUCGACAAGUGCACAGCUUCGUGGAUCGGUAACACCAGAAACGAGCUUCUGGUCAGGUGCGGCCUGCACGUGUACCAGCUGUAUGUGGAAGCUGUUGGAACGGAGAACGUUGUCUUAAACGAGGUUGCUUUGGAAAAGAUCAACUCUUUGCUUGCUGCAAGCACCAAGUCGAGCGAGCCGACCGUCAGCUGGGAGUUGGUGUAUUCGUCGAUCAUUGCGUUCGAGAAACUUGCGGAGAAAACAGACGUCUACAAAGAGAAAUACACCAACACCUGGUCUUCCAUCAUCGAGUGUCUUUUGUACCCUCAUUCGUGGAUCCGGCUGGCUACUUCGAGACUGGUGGGGCGGUAUGUGCAGGAGUAUGCCAACGUCGAGGACAAGACGUUGCAAACAAUCGCCUACAGAUGUUUCAGACAGCUGAGUGCUCCGUCAAUCUCGCAGACUCUUGCUAACGAGGUUGCAAAGACUUUGGUGUAUAUCUCGAAGAUAUGGGCACAGAACAACACUCUGUUUGUUCCGGUGGAUACUGACGAGGACAAGAAGCAAAGUGUACUGGAUUGGGCGCUCUUGCGUGUGUGCGGAGUGCUCAAGAACGAGUCUGCUCCACCAAAAGACUUGAUCACCACCAAAAAGGCCAUGAUCAGCUACUGUGUGUUUUUGACCGGAUUCCUGGACGCAGAGACUUUGCAACACGCCAUCAUGCCGUGCCUGGAUCCGCUGAUCAUUCUGUCGGAACAGGAACCGGCCAUCGAAGACACUGGCGAAAAUACGGUGCCUGUGAUGGCUUCCAAAUGCUUGGAGCUGGUUUCCGACAAAAUCGGAGUCAGCGAGUACAAUUUGGCGUACGCGGCCACCAAAAAGGCCAUCAUGGAGCGCAGACAUGAAAGAAAGACUAAGCGCGCGCAAUUGUCGCUCAACAACCCAGCCGCCGCUGCCAAACGGAAACUCAAAAAACACUCUAGGGAACGGGAAAAGAGAAAGCAUCUCAAAGACGAAAAUGGCCUGUACCGUGCCAAAAGAAGAAAAGAGCAUUAA